AUGACCGAGCACGGAAAAUGCCAUUGCGGACAAACCGAGUGGGAAGUCAAACUCGAGGAUAAAUCCCAUGUCCUGUGCCAUUGCAACACCUGUAAGCAACUGGGUGGGGGAACUUAUUCGCUGAAUCAGAUUGUCCCCAAGGACAACCUCAAGAUUACUAAGGGCAAGCCCAACAUUUAUACCUAUUAUGGGGACUCGGGAAAAGCUGUAAGAUGCUACUUCUGUCCGAACUGCACCUCGCACGUCUACCAUCAUCAAGAGAUCAUGGGAGACAAAAUCGUCGUCCGCACUGUCCUCCUCGAUUCUGGCAAGAAUUUCAAGCCGUCUGCUGAGAUCUUCGGCAAGGAUAGAUUUGGAUGGGAGAAGGAGGUUGCCACUACAUUCGACGUGAUGCCUCCUUCACCUAACGAUAAGUCGCGUUUGUGA